AUGAAUCAAAAGAUUAAGCUAUACGAUCUUGUAGCAUCCCUUCAAUCCACUUGUUACUUUUCUCCAACAGCAUGGAAAACUCGUUUGGGUUUACUGCAUAAAAACGUUCAAUUCGAAACUAUUCCAACCACUUUUCUUCAACUACGAGGUGAACUUGCUCAACGUUCCGGUUGCUCAGAUAUAACUAUACCAGCAAUUGAACUACUCGACGGUACGUUCAUCUACGAUUCAUUUCGUAUUGCCGAAUGGCUGGAAACGACUUACCCCGAUGCUCCAUCACUUUUCACUGGUGAUGGUAAAUCGUCUCGCGAGAGUCAACCUGAACAUGUUAUCUUAGGGAAGAAUUACAGUCGUUUAGUUGAUUUGGGUCUUGGGGCUUCGAAAUCAGAAUGGGCGGUUUGGUAUGAACUGUUCUUUCCCCAACAGGACAAACUAAUAACUGGCGAUGAGCACCGAGCUUAUUUUACAUCAGACGCACGGCUGGGCCCACAAGGUUAUCAGAAACUGCUUGCCCUCGAUCGUCAGGAAUUGACCCGACGUGCGAAAAUGAACGUACAACCACUAGCACAAAUCUUACAUGAACGACCGAAUGAAUAUUUUCAGGGUACACAUCCAGGUCAAGUGGAUUAUAUCAUUUUCGGCCGUUACGCCUAUUGUCGUAUGUUAGAUGCGGAACUUACGAAAGAAAUCUGGAAUGACCAAGGAGAGGAGUUGAAUGAAUGGAUUGAAAGAUUAUGUCAAGCGUUCGAUGGUCAUGCUCAGAGCCUUUUCGAUAAUUCAUCAACUUCUAAAAACUAA